AUGUGCGGGAGGAAAAAACAUGCCCGAAGCGUGAAGGAGGCCGCACUGGCCGAGGCGGACGCCCUGAUCUCCCUGGCCCCGGACGCCCUCGACAACAUCCUCGUCCGUCUCCACAUCCGCGACGCCGUCCGCACGUCGGUGCUCUCCCGCGCCUGGCGACACCGAUGGGAGGCCCUCCCAUCCCUCGACCUCCAUUUCCCCUGCCUCGGAGGCGAUGAUGGCGCGCCGGCGGGGCUGGGGUCCCUCGAAGGCAUCCUCCUCCGCUGCCCCGCCCGCGUCCGGCUCUUCCACGCGGAGCUCGACGGGCCCUACGCAGGCCGCGUCCACGACUGGCUCUUCGUCCUCGCCCGCAGGGGUGUCGAGAUCCUGGACCUCAGCUUCAACGACUCGUUCCCCACCCUCCCCUCCUCCGUCUUCUCCUGCAGCCGGCUCACCUCCCUCAGCCUCUUCGGCUGCGCCAUUCCGCUCCUACCCGCGGGCUUUGUGGCCUUCCCGGAGCUAAGGAAAUUGACCCUCGCAAACGUCAACUUAGAGGACUAUGGGGAGUACCAGCUUGAGGAGAUCAUUAGGACAUCCCCGUUGCUCGACUAUCUGGUACUUACAGAUGUUUUCAUCGGUGGCGAGUACAUCAGAGAAUGGGUGAUUCGGGCGCCCAAUCUCAGGCACUUGACUAUUUGUUCAGAGAACUAUUAUGGCUGGAUCCUCAAGGACUUGACAUGCCUGAAUUCUGCAGUCAUCGAUUGGUUUGACAAUGUUGUUCACAACGAUUUUGCCAAGUUUCUUUCCGGGCUUGUUCAAGUUAGGAAGCUUUUGGUCGUCUCAUUCAACGCACCGAGUGCUAUGAUACCGAAGAUAAUUCUGUGCACCUUUCACAACUUGAAGAGCUUGAAGUUGCGUAUGCACUUUUGUGAGCAACCCCCUAUUAUGUUAGCGUUUUGCUUACUAAAGAGUGCCCCAAAUCUUGAAAAGCUUAAAAUAGAGAUCUAUGAUAAGGAGGAGCAGAAAUUUGAGGCAAAUGGAGAGUUUCAAAAUGCAUUAUGGACUGAUGGCAUGUGUGCCAACCUUCAGGUUGUGCAGAUGACUGGCAUUAAUUGGCGUCGAAAUGAAAUGUGCUUUAUAGAGCUCAUUCUCUCUAAAGCAAGGCUUCUUCGUGCAUUAUGUAUUAGCUAUGGUGGGAACGUUGUGAUGUCUAGUGAGGAUGCUAUAAAUGAAUUACUAACAUACAAAAGGGCUUCAGCUGAAGCUCAGGUCUUAUUUAAAGGUAAAGCAGAAGAGUAUUAUUAGGCCAGGACCAACUCCUGGGCAUCGCUGGAGAGGUGUGGCUCCGACGAGACAGUUCUAUCGCCUGAUGCAGUGUCUUCGAUCAGAGAUGCAACAUGCAGAGAAUGGCUUAUCAAAAGGAACCAGUUCUGUUAGAGUAUAAAGGGACUGCUAGCAUUUUGUGUUUUGUUCUUUUCUGAAAUAUAUUGGCCUACCAUCGGUGCUUCGGUCAGAGCCGACGAUGAGGUUUAAGUUCAUUGUCUUUGUCUAGCACUCUAGUUAGUAGUAUACCGUAGCGAGAAGACGCCUUCGAACAUGGGUCGUGUUUCGUUUGACUUUUCAGGCCUCUGAAAAUGAAGCGCACUUUGCCUUUUGGUAUUAUAUCCUUGUACUGGCUGUAGCAAAUUUAGGCUGGAGAGUCCGAGGGAGUUAUCUUCCAUUCUUAAGAAAAACUGCACUUGCUAUCCUGUUGCUAGCAAAACAUAAA